GUCCGAAGUGUGUCCAUUCUAGUCAAGCCAGUGCAGACAGUCAGUCAUGGUCAUAACAAGAGUGUGCUUUCUAUUAUGUCUUAGUGGGAAACCUUUCAUUCUUUUUAACAAAAUAUUCUCUCAACUAUUAAGAACAACAUUAAUCAUAGGAUGAAUAUAUUAACAUCAGUCUUAUUGAAGUCGAAAUCUCGUGUUGGAAAUUAUACAAAUACAAUUCUAUUUCUUUGUGUGUAAAGUAAAAUGAACAUUUUGUGUAAGAGGUAAGGUUGCUUCUAGCACAUCGCUAGUAUGAACAAUCAGUCUUCCCCAGGACACUUCAGUGACUCCAGUCUUGUUUUGUCUCCAUUUAAAGGUCAGGCUGACUCUAGCGCAUCUCUAGUAUGAACAACCAGUCUUCCCCAGGACACUUCAGUGACUCCAUUCUCUAUUUUGCCUCGAAAUCCUUUGUAUACAUUCCAAUCAUCUUUGUCGUGGUACUAGUGGAGUUGAUCUUGAUAGUUCUGUUGGCUUGCAGGACAAAAAAAGAAUCACGAGCUACACUACGACCUGCUAAGAAAAAGUCUAUAUUUGACAGGCUCACACUAAGACCAAGGACAGCACUUCAUUCAUACAUCUUUCCUAAUCGUAAAACAUUGGUAACAUUUGGUGUCAGGCGUAACAUUACAGAAAACCCGAAUACACUGCAAUCAUCAACAGAAAAUAUCAUCAAUAGCGAAUCAUCAUCGCAUAAAGAGAGUAAUAAUGAAACCAAUUUAGAGGGGGAUGUUCCUACCAAUGAAACAACUUUACCAGUAAUCCACUUUGUUGAUUCCCCAGCUUACACAAUACCUGAUAAGGAUGAGUCGGACGAAUGUAUCAGCAUAAAAGCUGAUGCCUGUUUAAGCUCUGGUGCUGAUUUAAUUUAUACGGGUGCCGAAAAUACAGCAGUUGUCAGCUCUUUGUUAGCAGAACCAAACAGCAUCUACUGCACUAUCUCUAGCUUGAGAGGCCAUAACUUGAUUCACAGCGCUAACAAACAUCUCAAGUAUAUCCCAGCAGAAGCCCAUUGCAACAAUCAGCAGGAAGUUCCCAAAUCAUGUGAAGAUCUACGAAAUAGCGAAGUGUAUAGUGAAAUUGGAGACUCUCUUGGCAGUAUAGGCACGAGGCUUGAUUCUGUGAAGGGAAUCUCUGGCACCUUGCCAAAGUGUCAGAUCAAAAGUUUCCAACGUAAGCUGAAUGCUCAGUGCUGGUCGAAUCCUUGCAUACCAACAAUAUCAUUGCACUGUAAUAACCGUCGUUCCAAUGUCAGUGAUAGUCACAUUUAUAGUGAAAUACCACUGGCAAUGAACAUCAAACUAACUCAAGAACAUUCAUUAGAAAAUAAUUCUUUGAGGGAAGAAGUGAUCAAUUCGUUUGAAAAUUGUAGCUUCUCUCAACAAGAUCGAACAUUGGAAAAAGUUCAACUUGGCUUAUUAAAUGGCGUGUCUGCCGGUGGCAACUGUUCCGGUGAAGCGAAAGACUCAGUUUACGAUGCGUUAGCUAAUUCGUCCAUAGAGCAUAACUACGAGCCGUUCCGUUCCUCGUCACGUUCCUCUCAGUGUUAUUCAACGCCCAUUUACGUGGAACCUGAUUUCUUCUUUACAACAACAGCAUCAGACGUUGAAGGCCAGAGUUCGAGUACCAACCAAAGUAGAGAGCUCUCUGAGCAUCACUCUAUCAACGAGCUCACGUCUUAUGAGAAGGAAACUUCCUCGCUAAUGGAAGAGCUCACAGAGCCAGGUCAAGAGGACUACUGGGAGGCGGAUGGUUACAAAGAAGAGUUGCCGACUCUUGACAACUGUGAGAUGAAUAAGUCCACUUGCUUUAAAAGUAACUGCAUUCAAGACAAAACUAAUUUACUAAGUUCUUCUCUCUGUGAUACAUCUUCAAAAGUAGACAUUAGUGAUGACGACUACGUUGGCCUUAACGAUUGUGUUAGUGAAUGCUAGUGUGGGGAAGAGCAAUCGCACACUUAGCAAAACACUCAGUGUACAUGGGAAAACCAAAACAAAUUCUCUUGCUGCUGUACAGAAACGUUUAAAUUAUUGUGCCACUGUGUUAAAUGAUAACUUGUUAGCUCUGCCCCGAUGAUAUUAAAAUGAAUAAUGUUCUGUCCUAUCACUAAUUCAAUCAUUUCAACACGCGAAUAUCUACAACUUUAAUAGCCGCCCGGUAAAUUUCUUUCUCUUUCACCUCUUUAUCUGUGGUGCCCAACACAACAUCUCCAUUUCUCCUUUUCCUUGACUAAAAUCUCGUUCAAAAACAGGCCCGUUCAUUCUUAUAUAGUGGGUUCGUUGUCUCUUCUUUGUUUCCUUGAAGGAAGAUCAUUGCGAGCUCUGAGGAUCUUGUGAUGUAUGCAUACAAUUUUUUGUUGACGUUUUCCAACAGUGGUCAGCAUGUAAUGGUAGAGCCCAAUGGCUAGUGUCUUGGUGUUUGUAAUCUUCUCGCUUGUUUGUCUUUGUAAGUAAAACCUAGGAUCCUUCAUUGGUAUCUAAAUCCCAUUGCAGCAGCCUAUUUUGAAACAUGCUAGCUAUUGAUCAUCAUAAGGGUUUUAUCGGCGUUUGAUCUGCUUUCUACAUGCUGCGGAAAUCUUGCCUAUGCGCACCACCAAGUCAGCUAGUACUUCUUUUGUCCUUGCAGAACUAUGUCAUACUCAAUGUGCAAGUUAGUCAUUCACCUUCCUCCAAUGCUUACAGAACCUUCGUAACAGUUCAAGGAAUAUAUUGAAGGGUGUUGGUGAAAGUAGCUACUUUGGUCUAACUCCAGCUACAUUUUAAACAAGGGGUCAACGUUAAUGCUGCAGUGCACUGCACUGCACUAUUUAUGUUUAUAUAAAAAAAAAUUGUUCAGUGCUGUUUCUGUUCAUUAAAACAACAAUGUUGGUAGAAACAUAUUUACAACAAAACAACAACGUAAACUAUUGCGUUGUAACACCAUCAUGUAGUGAAAUGUUUAUAGGCCAAAAACAAUAUAUAAUGUAAAUAAAUAUAUAAAAUGUUUGUGAUUGGAUUUUGACACUCCUGCUAUUUAUUGAUGCUCUCCGGCCUACUCAAAUAGAACAAUGUAUUUUACUAUUGACAAAAAUAUCUAAAAGCUAUAAUAUUACAAUGUAUUAUUAUUCCAUUUUAGCGGACCCCGAAAGGUGAUUAGCCGCUAUUAGUUUUGUAUGGUCUGUCUGUGUCGCCCCCUUAAGAUCUUAUAAACUGGAAAAGAAAAUGACAAUCGGACAUCAUGAUAUUUAGACGUUUCAAAUUUCUAAUGCAACUUCUACAUUUUUUUUCCCAAAUGUGAACCAUUAAAUUUUUAAAAAAUUAAUUAUGCAAGCAGAAUUCUCAUUAAAAUACACAAUCUUUAAAUACAAAAUUCAGGGGAAGUAAGUUUUUUUUUAAAGAUGUCACAGACAGAUAAUCACAAUGUUUUCUCCAAUUAGCUCCCCCUCAUAACAAAUAACUUACGUGAACUCAAUGUUUCUACCACUUAAAGGUAGGUGAGAAAAUAAGAAUACUUAAACAAGCUUUACUUACCAUCAGUGGCGUCACUAGAGGGUACGGAGGGUGCGGUCCGCACCGGGUGACACCCGUUAGUGAGGGACACCCAAGUGAAAAAAAAUGCACUUUUGGAAUAACUGACAAUUUUUAAAAAAUGUAUGUGUCAUUAGCUAAAUAUUGGAACAUGUUAUUCACAAUUGAUAAAUAGAUUAAAAAAAAUAUUUCAGCUCAA